AUGCUUGAUAGUACACUAUCUCAGCUGCAAAUGGUCAACACUGAUGGAACUUAUUUUCAUAAGGAUCAUGCGCCUAAUGCCACUACUGUUGUUGUUGAUUCUGAAGAUGAUGAGAUGGUUGUUGUUGAUGCUCCUGUCGAAGGGACUUCAUCUAGUGCCCAUACUGAAGCCUGCCCCUCCCUUGAAGAUAUGGUUUUUAACAUGAACCAAAGGAUGUAG